UAUACUUUUGUUGUUUAGCUUUUAUACAACUGGCAAAAAUCGAGUUACUUUACGACAAUGCCGGAAAAAGUUGUGUUUCGUUCCAACAUGGCGCCCUCCACCAUGACAGCGAGUGGUGUGACAUUGCUCAAUCGUUUAUUAGGACAAAUUCCUUCAAGGUUUCCCACGCUGUUCUCCCAGACGUCGUGUCUUCACACCAGUGCAGUGUUCAACAACAAGAACUGGGAGAGGAAGAACCGCAUCGUUUACCCGCCUCAGGAGAAGGAGGAGCCACGCAGACCCGCGGAGGUCCAUCAUUGCAGACGCCAAAUUAAGUACAGUAAAGACAAGAUGUGGUACCUGGCUAAGCUGAUCAGAGGCAUGAGCAUCGACCAGGCUCUGUCUCAGCUCGAGUUUAAUGACAAGAAAGGAGCUAAGAUUAUGAAAGAGGUCCUUUUGGAAGCGCAGGAAAUGGCAGUAAAGAACCACAACGUUGAAUAUAAAUCCAACCUGUAUGUGGCCGAGUCGUUCACAGGUAAAGGCCAGUACCUGAAGCGAAUCCGGUACCACGGUCGAGGCAUGUUCGGCAUCAUGGACAAAGUGUACUGCCAUUACUUCGUGAAGCUGGUGGAGGGUCCGCCUCCCGUGCUGGAGCAGAGUACGCCGUUCGACCAGGCCAAGGAGUACGUAGAAGAGCUGAAGAACCGGACCAUCAUCUACUCUCUCUGAGUUAUUCAAUAAUCCUAGCGAAUUCGUUCCGUUUAUGUAAAUAGUACCGCAAUAAAACGCUUGAAAAUA